AUGCCGCAUGCCGUCUUCUCUGUCGUCCUCGUCCUCAAGUACUCAAUGACGCCGCGCAAGUCGUCGUGUGCGCGGUGCAGCUGCACUAUCUCCAAAUCCUCGAGACUGGGGCGCUGCUCGAGCUACCCGGUCGAGGUUCUCCUGACAUUCGACGCUCAGCCCCUCGCGGGGGCCGCUGCCCUUGUCGCAUGCAGCAUGGAGACGCUUCACGUCCUCCACUUGGCGUGGUGUCCGCUGGGCGCGUUCGCGAACCUGACGUGGCUUGCCAUUCACACGUUGCAGAUGGACCGGCCUGCGGACAUGGGCGUGCUCGGGGUGUUCCCCAUGCUGCGCACCCUGACGCUGUGA